GGCGGUGCCGGCCUGGCCGCCAGUCGGAAGCUCCAGCUCCGAGCCCGGGGAGCGGCCGCAGAGCCUGCCCGGCCCCGCCGCCCCUCCCGCCGUUGGCGCCUGCUCCGGGCCCGGGGGCCCCGGCUGCGGUCUUCACCAUGAGUGUCCCUGACUACAUGCAGUGCGCCGAGGACCACCAGACUCUCCUCGUGGUGGUCCAGCCCGUGGGGAUCGUCUCAGAGGAGAACUUCUUCAGGAUCUACAAGAGGAUCUCAUCGGUGAACCAGAUCAGCGUGCGCGACUCGCAGCGCGCACUCUACAUCCGCUACCGGCACCACUACCCGCCCGAGAACAGCGAGUGGGGCGACUUCCAGACCCACCGCAAGGUCGUGGGCCUCAUCACCAUCACCGACUGCUUCUCGGCCAAGGACUGGCCGCAGACCUUCGAGAAGUUCCACAUGCAGAAGGAAAUCUACGGCUCCACGCUGUACGACUCGCGCCUCUUCGUGUUUGGGCUGCAAGGGGAGAUCGCGGAGCAGCCGCGCACCGACGUGGCCUUCUACCCCAGCUACGACGACUGCGCGACUGUGGAGAAGCGCAUCGAGGACUUCGUGGAGUCUCUGUUCAUCGUGCUCGAGUCCAAGCGCCUGGACAGAGCCACGGACAAGUCCGGGGACAAGAUCCCACUCCUCUGUGUCCCCUUCGAGAAGAAGGACUUCGUGGGGCUGGACACAGACAGUAGACAUUACAAGAAGCGGUGCCAGGGGCGCCUGCGGAAGCACGUGGGGGACCUGUGCCUGCAGGCCGGGAUGCUGCAGGACUCCCUGGUCCAUUACCACAUGUCGGUGGAACUGCUCCGCUCGGUGAACGACUUCCUGUGGCUUGGAGCUGCCCUGGAAGGGUUGUGUUCGGCCUCUGUCAUCUAUCACUACCCUGGUGGAACUGGCGGUAAAGCCGGAGCUCGCAGGUUCCCGGGGAGCGCCCUUCCUGCAGAAGCGGCCAACAGACAUCGACCAGGGGCCCAAGAAGUUCUCAUUGACCCAGGUGCGCUCACUACCAACGGCAUCAACGCAGACACCAGCACAGAGAUUGGACGGGCAAAGAACUGCCUGAGCCCCGAGGACAUCAUUGAGAAGUACAAGGAGGCCAUCUCCUACUACAGCAAGUAUAAGAACGCUGGGGUGAUAGAGUUAGAAGCGUGUGUCAAGGCCGUCCGCGUCCUCGCCAUUCAGAAGCGGAGCAUGGAAGCGUCGGAAUUUCUGCAGAAUGCAGUUUACAUUAACCUUCGGCAGCUCUCUGAGGAGGAGAAGAUCCAGCGCUACAGCAUCCUCUCCGAGCUCUACGAGUUGAUCGGCUUCCACCGCAAGUCCGCCUUCUUCAAGCGCGUGGCCGCCAUGCAGUGCGUGGCCCCGAGCAUCUCGGAGCCUGGCUGGAGGGCCUGCUACAAGCUGCUCCUGGAGACGCUUCCUGGCUACAGCCUGUCGCUGGAUCCACAGGACUUCAACAAAGGCACGCACCGAGGCUGGGCUGCCGUCCAGAUGCGUCUGCUGCACGAGCUGGUGUACGCAUCCCGGAGAAUGGGGAACCCCGCCCUCUCUGUCAGGCACCUGUCCUUCCUGCUGCAGACCAUGCUGGACUUCUUGUCAGACCAAGAAAAAAAGGAUGUGACACAGAGCCUGGAGAACUAUACCUCCAAGUGUCCCGGGACCAUGGAACUCCUCACCCUCCCAGACGGGCUCACGCUGCCCCCAGUGCCCUUCACCAAGCUGCCCAUCGUCAGGCGUGUGAAACUGCUGAACCUUCCUGCCAGCCUCCGGCCGCAGAAGAUGAAGAGCUUGCUGGGCCAAAACGUGUCGGCCAAGAGCCCCUUCAUCUACUCCCCGAUCAUCGCCCACAGCCGCGGGGAGGAGCGCAGCAAGAAGAUAGAUUUCCAGUGGGUUCAAGGAGAUGUGUGUGAAGUUCAGCUGAUGGUGUAUAACCCAAUGCCGUUUGAGCUCCGAGUUGAAAACAUGGGGCUGCUCACGAGCGGAGUGGAGUUCGAGUCUCUCCCCGCGGCACUCUCCCUCCCGGCUGAGUCUGGUCUUUACCCAGUGACGCUCGUUGGGGUCCCGCAGACGACGGGGACGAUCACUGUGAACGGCUACCACACCACGGUGUUUGGCGUCUUCAGCGACUGUCUGCUGGACAGUCUCCCGGGAAUCAAGACCAGUGGCUCCACGGUGGAGGUCAUCCCUGCGCUGCCCCGCCUGCAGAUCAGCACAUCUCUGCCCAGGUCUGCACAUUCAUUACAGCCUUCCUCUGGUGAUGAAAUAUCUACUAACGUGUCUGUGCAGCUUUACAAUGGGGAAACCCAGCAGCUUGUUGUGAGACUGGAGAACAUUGGGAUGGAGCCACUGGAGAAACUGGAAGUGACCUCGAAAAUCCUCACCACCAAAGAAAAACUGUACGGCGACUUCCUGAGCUGGAAACUGGAAGACACCCUUGCCCAGUUCCCUUUGCAACCUGGAAAGGUGGCCACCUUCACCAUCAGCAUCAAAGUGAAGCUGGACUUCUCCUGCCAGGAGAAUCUCCUCCAAGACCUCAGCGAUGACGGCAUCAGUGUGAGCGGCUUUCCGCUGUGCAGCCCCUUCCGCCAGGUGGUCAGACCCCGGGUGGAGAGCAAGCCCGUGAACGCGGCCGAGGGCGGCCGGCCCGGGGAGCCGGGCCACGUGAAGGAAGCAGCAUGCUGGAGACCAAGGGCGGAACAGACCCUGGCGUUGACAGGAGGCGAGAACUCGGAGGGGACCUGGAAAUAUUCUACGUGUGAAUCGUGCCGGCGGUCACACCAGCAGACCCUGGAAGCUGUCCUGAACUUCAAAUACUCCGGAGGCCCAGGCCACGUUGAAGGGUAUUACAGGAAUCUGGCCCUGGGGCUGCACGUGGAGGUGGAACCGUCUGUGUUCUUCACGCGGGUCAGUACCCUGCCGGCCACCAGCACCCGGCAAUGCCACCUGCUGCUGGACGUCUUCAACGCCACGGAGCACGAGCUGAGCGUCCGCGCCCGGAGCGACGAGGAGCUCAUCCUGCACGCGGGCGAGUGCCAGCGAAUGGCCAUUCAAGUGGACAAGUUCAACUUCGAGAGUUUCGCAGAAUCCCCUGCGGAUAAGGGGCAGUUUGCAAAUUCCAAACACCUGGAGGAGGAGAGGCAGGAAGCCCGAGGCCUGGAGAUCAACAGCAAGCUGGACAUCCACUGGACCAUCCCAUCUCUGAAGCGCACGGGCGAGGCGAGUGUGGAGGGCCUCCUGAACCAGCUGGUCCUGGAGCACCUGCAGCUGGCUCCUCUGCUGUGGGACGUGCUGGUGGACGGACAGCCCUGUGACUGCCAGGCGGUGGCCUGCCAGGUGGGCGACCUGGUGCGCCUGGAGGUGCGGCUGACCAACAGGAGCCCGCGCAGCGUGGGCCCCUUUGCCCUCAGCGUGGUGCCCUUCCAGGACCACCAGAACGGCGUGCACAACUACGACCUGCACCAUGCCGUGUCCUUCGUGGGCUCCGGCACCUUCUACCUGGACAAGGUGCAGCCGUCAGGCCAGGCGGCCUGCCUCGGGGCGCUCCUCUUCCUCUACACGGGCGACUUCUUCCUCCACAUCCGGUUCCACGAGGACGGCCCCAGCAAGGAGCUGCCCCCAUCCUGGUUCUGCCUGCCCAGCGUGCACGUGCGCGCCCUGGAGGCGCAAGCCUGAGCGCCCCGCCCCGUCCCGGGUCCCUGAUCCUGCAGGGAGAGAUGACCAGGGGCCCCCCUCCCCGGGGAUGGGGCCAUGGCUGCUGCCGCGAUGCCUGUCCCCUCCUCCUGGCCACCCGACCCCCAGCCCGCAGCCCCCACGUCUGCCUGCCGCGUCCUCUCUGGGACUCGCAGGGGCCCCGCACGCGGCAGCCUCGCCCCUUCCCACCCUGCCCGUCGGGGCCCCCCUGCGAGCUUGGGCUAUGGCAGAUGCUGACCCAGACCCCGCAGUGUGGCCCAUCCACCCAGCCCAGGCCUGGGGUCCCUACAACUGUUCUCGUGACCUGGGGUUCACAACCCAGCUGGCAGGAAGAGAAGGCAAGCAUGAGGGAGCAGCCCUUCCCGGGCGGGUCUGCCGAGCCUCCCUCGGGCCCCUCGGCCCUUGGAAUCCCCCGAGGGCUGGCUCUUCUCCUGGGGACCCCGAGGCAGCAGAGCUGGGAGAUAUGGCACCGUGGGUGACACUGAGAGUUUCCCGCUGCCCCUGGGAGUGGACACCCCUGCCUCAGCUGUCCUGGGCCCUGGGCUGGUUCCAGGCCGGGCUCGGGGGCGUGGCCUGUGUGUGUCUGUGUAUCGGUGACAGAUUCUCCAAUAAAGGGCCUGCCUUGCUUCUCUUCUGGUCA